CUUAAUUUCACUUUCUUUUUCACCAUCGUAUCAAUUUGUUUUUCAUAUUCAAAGUCAACGUUACAGCAGCAUGUUCAAUAUCUCUAGCCAGCUACUUUUUCAGACCAGAAAGAACUUACCUAUAUUCCGAUCCUUCUCUACUUCUUUCUCUCAAUUGAAGAGUAUUGAACAUAUUACUGUAAUCGGCGCUGGAUUAAUGGGGUCCGGCAUUGCGCAGGUUGCUGCACAGGCUGCUUACAAGGUCACUCUAGUCGACACUUCUGAUGCUGCUCUUUCCAACGGCCAAUCCAUCAUUUCCAAAUCUUUGUCUCGUGUUGCCCGUAAAAAGUUUGCCGAAGACGAAACGAAGCAAAAGGAAUUUAUUCGUCAAACCAUGGAUCGUAUCACUACUUCUAAAGAUGCUACAGACGCUAGUAAAUCCUCGGAUUUGAUUGUCGAAGCCAUUGUCGAAAAUCUGAGCGUGAAGCAGUCUCUUUUCAGGAAUCUGGAUCAAGCAGCUCCUCAGCAUACAGUAUUCUGUUCCAAUACUUCAUCUUUAAGUAUCACCGAAAUUGCCAAGUCAACAUCAGCAGAUAGACAAAAGCGAUUUGCAGGUUUGCAUUUUUUUAACCCAGUGCCUGCUAUGAAGUUGGUUGAAAUUGUAAGAACGGAUAAUGUAGCUGAGGAUGUGUUAAGGAACUUGAAUGAGGUGACAAAAAAGAUGGGUAAAUCUCCAGUAGCAUGUAAAGAUACACCAGGUUUCAUCGUUAAUCGUUUAUUGGUUCCUUACAUGAUGGAAGCUUUCCGUAUCAUCGACCGCGGUGAAGCUUCUAUUGAAGAUGUUGAUACUGCCAUGAAGUUAGGUGCUGGUAUGCCUAUGGGACCACUUGAACUAGCCGAUUUCGUUGGUUUAGAUACGAUGAAGUUUAUUGUAGAUGGUUGGGCUAAUGAAAAUAGCAAACAAAUUGAUCCCGCAUUAACCAAACCAUCUCCUGUCUUGGACAAACUUGUAUCCGAAGGAAGUCUUGGCCGUAAAUCAGGCAAAGGAUUUUAUAAUUAUUCUCAAUAAAGGCCUGAAAAAUGUACAAGAAGGAGACAAAAUAUAUACAGUCUAUCU